GUAGGCGUCGCUCUCGGUGGACGGCUUUUCAUAAUAUUUAAUUCACGGUACGAACCGGCGCCGAACUCAGUUCCAUCCUGUACGCCGACCAGUAAGCAAGCCAACUGAUCUCUCUCCUCCGUCCCGUGCUGGGAACGUUUUAAAUUGUGUGCUAGCGGGUGAAAAAAAAAAUAACAACGCCAUCCCCAACUAAACCGGCUUCUUCUCGCGCAGGCGUAAGCUCACCACACUCUCUCGCGCACUCACUCACUCGCUCGUUAUCUCACUUGCCGGUGGUGGUGUGGUGUAUACGCAUCGGAAAAGGAAAACCGAAUUUGUGAAAGAAAAAAGGCAGGGAAGAGGGCGGCUUGCGGGGGGAGCCAGGACAGGGCAGGGCAAAGCAGCCCCAACAACCCCGUCGACCGUGGGGGUUUCGUGUGGCCGUGUGUAUAGGUGUGUAGGGGGUUGUUCGUCGUUCGCUCAAAAGCACUGUCGUGCAUCUCGCUGGUGCUCAGUUCGUUCGUGCAACCCGGUCCCAGUGAGUCGUCGAACUAGUGUGACCCUGUCCGUACCAGUGCGAGAGAUCCCAUCGAGCAACGUGAUUACCUCAUCGAGCAAAGUGUGUCAACGCGUACAGAUGGUUUUUGAAGUGCUUCUAUCUCGUUAACUGGUCAUCACCAGUGUAACCCGGUGCCAUCACGCUAUCGAAGGAGUGAGAAAUUAAUGUACCGUGUGAAAGUUUAUUGAAAAAAGUGCCCAAAAUCAAUAUAACAACACUUCGGAGUAAUAUCAACCUGGUUGGCACAAGUGCGUAGUGAAGAAGUGAAACAACUAAAAGGCCAAGUUGGUGGUGCGUGAUACAGGAUAUAGUGUGAAAUAAGAUCAGCACAAUGGGAUUAAACAAUCGUGAUAAGCAGACCAAGCUGAAAACUCAGAGUCUGCUCGACUCGGAGCGUGCCGGACAGCAGUCGGUAACUACGGUGACCGUCGAUCAUGGGUCGGUGGCGCUGCCGCUAGAAUCGAUGGCCGUCAGUUCAUCGACAACGAGCAACAGCAGUUCCGCGUUCCAGCAAUCGUCGUCGUCGUCGUCCACCACGACCAAGACUAGUGCGGACAAGUUUCAAAAGAUCACCGACCACGGUCGGGCCAGCAGUGAGGUGCGGGAGCUAGGCUCGAAAAAGGAUGGUCAAAAGUUCAGCACCGUCAGCAGUAUGCGCAGUGAGGCGAGCAAAUCGAAACAGAUCGAUAACAUCAUCGAGGAGAUACAUCACAUUGCGAGUGAUACGAUCGGUACGACUGCACUGAUUGGUGCAUCCAGUGCCGGGCUGGAGUUGCCCUCGAAGGUGACACAGAAGACCGUGCUGGUGAGUGGUGGCGGUGGUGGUGGUGAAAGUGGCCGAAAGGAAUCGUUCGUUAGUGGCAACGUGUCGGGAGGUGUAUCCACUGACGCUAGUCAGCAAGUGAUAUCGACCAUCGGUCCGAGCAAGAUCGAGAUCUCGAAGAUGGCUCUUGAGAGCAGUGCGCUAAGCAGUGUUUCCAGCAGCAGCAGCACCAGCACCAGCAAAGUCAUGCAAAGUAGCAGUGCCGUAACGAAGCAGGAACAAUCAUCAUCGUCACGCGGUGCAGUGCGCAGUGAAACACAUGUGUCCGAAUCUAGUGCAGCCGCCUCCAGCUCGGAAAAGGCUGAGUCCAAAUCGAGCAAAAGCAUCCACACAAGCUCGUCCACAACAAGCUCGUCGAGCAAAUCGAUGUCCACGGCACAGAGCAAGAGCAAGGCUCAGUCUUCCGUGUCGGAAACAUUCCACAGCUCGUCCGCACAGCUCGGCGAUAAUGUUCGAUCUUCGCUGUCGUCCACUGCGACCGGGCGCCAGAACGGUGUGCUGUCUGUCGAUGGAAAGCUCUCGUCGACAGGCACGCACCUGCCCGAUCAUUCCACGUACGAUCAGAAAUCAUUCCAGCUCGUGGAUGCAGAUGGCAAAACGCGCCAGCAGGUUGACAGUGAGCGGUUUUCGAUGGCACAGAGCCAAGCACCGACGACCAAGAUCGAAUACGAUGCGGCCGGCAAUCGGAUCACAAGCACUUCGGCGUCGUACCAGGCGGCCCAGGGCUACAGUACCUCGUCGUUCCAGAGCUCCGGUGGUGUUGACUUGAAGUCGACAACGGACAGAACGGCUGGUGGGAAGCUUGUGGAUGGUGAUGGUCAAACCCGUCAAAGUCAGGUAGUGUACGAUGCUGCAGGCAAUCGGAUCACGAGCAGCUCCUCAUCGUACCAGGCCGCACAAGGUUACAGUUCCUCGUCAUUCCAUACCAGCGAAGGUGUUGAGCAAAAGUCAUCGAACGACACCAUGUCCUCUUCGAGUAGCACCACGAAGCGGGCACAAAAUGUCGCCUCUUCGCAGGACACACAGUCUUCCAUGACUACGAAGAAUGCCAUCAUCGAUUCCACAACACUGGACAACUACUCCGGACAGCAGUCCAACAACAUGCUGAUGAAAACGGAAUCAGCCCAUACGGUAGCUAGUCUUUCGUCGGCACACGAUUCGCUUGCCAAUACCAUCCAGAGCACGCAGCUAAUCACGGAAUCGGCUAGCCAGGCCGAACAGCACCGGCAGCAUUCCGAAUCGAGCAAAACGAUCGAAACGUCCUCGCACUACUCGCAGAUGGACGAAGAGAGUCGUUCCCGCCGGAAGACCUCGGAGUACCGUGAGCAGCGCGAAUCGAAUGCCGCUAUUCUGAAACGCAAGACCUACGACGAGCAUGGCCGUCGUUUGAACUUGAUCGAUGAGAAAAUUGUGCCGAAAGACAUCGUGACGGCUGACCUGCAGGAUGAUGUGACGAAUGUGACCAAAACUUCGUUCGAGGCGAAGCUUUUCAACCCGAAGCUUAAACGAUGGGAACUCGUCGAUCAGAAGACGAUCCUCGAGAAGGACAUCACCACGGACAUACCGGUCGAAAUCGUACAGGAGCUCGAGGUGGAGCGACCCGAACUGGCCAACAUCACCACGACGAUCCAGAUGACCAAGGUGUACGAUGCGAAAACGAAACAGUGGAAAACGAUCGACCACAAGAAGCAUAUCGAUGUGCUGGAGAAGAUUACCUACCUGGAGGAAAGCUCCGGACGCACGGAACUGGAUGAAUCGGAACGCACCAAAAAUCUCAAAUCCAUGGACAUGGUGGAUCGAGUAACGAUCAAGGAAGUAAGCGACUUGAGCGACGAAAGACGGACACAAACCAGCAAAAGUACGAAGCGCAAGGACGAACAAACAGUACAGGAGCAGUGCAUUUGUGAAAUCUGUACCUGCGGGCGCCACAAUUGCUUCAACUGUGGUGGAGGUAGUACAACGACGCAAACCAAAUCUUCAAAGUACACUGCCACGAGCAAUUCGGAGAAUUUUUACCAUCAAGAAAAUAUCUCAUCAGAGCUUAAUGAGCAAAAAACUUCUGGAAGAAGAGGAACAUGGACGAUCGAAGAUGCCGAAGAUCAUUUGAAUCGCCGUGAAUCGUACACCAUUGAACGGAGCAGCACUACACAAGAAGUUUCCGACAGAAGACUUACGUGGACAAAAGAAGAUUUUGAAAAGCUUGACGUUUCAAAGCUUAAGGCAGAAUAUGUACGUCCAAAGCCUAUCAAGCACGAAGAUAAUCUCAAACCUGAAGGAGCGUUUACGGUUCCAGAGCGAACAGGAUAUGUUCCUGGGGAGCGUGUCAAGCCAAUCAAACAUGACGAUAAUCUCCGUCCAGAGGGAGACUUCUCUUCACCAGAGAAGCCUCAGUACAGACCAGCCGAGCGUCCGAAGCAGAUCAGACCUGAGGAUAAUCUUCGUCCUGAGGGAGCGUUCCAGACGCCUGAGCGUCCUGAAUAUCGCCCUGGAGAGCGUCCGAAGCCCGUGCGGCCAGACGAUAACCUUCGUCCAGAGGGAGACUUUGAACGUCCUGAGAAAUCUCCAUUCCGACCAGCCGAGCGUCCGAAGCAGGUGCGACCUGAGGAUAACCUCAGACCUGAAGGAGACUUCGAGAAGCCUGAGAAGCCUCAGUAUAGACCGGCUGAGCGUCCGAAGCAGAUCAAGCCAGAAGAUAACCUGCGCACUGAGGGAGAGUUCCAGACUCCAGAGCGUCCUGAAUACCGUCCAGGAGAGCGUCCGAAGCCUGUGCGACAUGAUGAUAACCUUCGUCCAGAGGGAGACUUUGAACGUCCUGAGAAAUCUCCCUUCAGACCGGCCGAGCGUCCGAAGCAGAUCAAGCCAGAAGAUAACCUGCGCACCGAGGGAGAGUUCCAGACUCCAGAGCGUCCUGAAUAUCGCCCUGGAGAGCGUCCGAAGCCCGUGCGUCCAGAUGAUAACCUUCGUCCGGAGGGAGACUUUGAACGUCCUGAGAAAUCUCCAUUCCGACCAGCCGAGCGACCGAAACAGGUGCGACCUGAGGAUAAUCUCAGACCUGAAGGGGACUUCGAGAAGCCUGAGAAGCCUCAGUAUAGACCGGCUGAGCGUCCGAAGCAGAUCAAGCCAGAAGAUAACCUGCGCACUGAGGGAGAGUUCCAGACUCCAGAGCGUCCUGAAUACCGUCCAGGAGAGCGUCCGAAGCCUGUGCGACAUGAUGAUAACCUUCGUCCAGAGGGAGACUUUGAACGUCCUGAGAAAUCUCCCUUCAGACCGGCCGAGCGCCCGAAGCAGAUCAGACCAGAGGAUAACCUCAGACCUGAAGGUGACUUCGAGAAGCCUGAGAAGCCUCAGUACAGACCGGCCGAGCGUCCGAAGCAGAUCAGACCUGAGGAUAACCUUCGUACUGAGGGAGAGUUCCAGACUCCAGAGAAGCCUCAGUACAGACCGGCCGAGCGUCCGAAGCAGGUUCGACCACAAGAUAACCUCAGGCCAGAAGGCGAUUUCGAUAGACCUCAGCCCACAGUUGUAGGCAAGGCCGAGAGAGCUCAAAUUGUUCGUCAUGAGGAUAAUCUUUACAUGGAAGGUAACUUUGAACGCACCGAGAAAACGGUAUACAUUUCUGGUGAGCGACCGAAGCCCAUACGUCCUGAUGAUAAUCUUCGUCCGGAAGGAGACUUUGAACGUCCUGAGAAAUCUCCCUUCAGACCGGCCGAGCGUCCGAAGCAGAUCAAGCCAGAAGAUAACCUUCGCACUGAGGGAGAGUUCCAGACUCCAGAGCGUCCUGAAUAUCGCCCUGGAGAGCGUCCGAAGCCCGUGCGUCCAGAUGAUAAUCUUCGUCCAGAGGGAGACUUUGAACGUCCUGAGAAAUCUCCCUUCAGACCAGCCGAGCGUCCGAAGCAGAUCAAGCCAGAAGACAACCUGCGCACUGAGGGAACGUUCCAGACUCCAGAACGUCCUGAAUAUCGUCCAGGAGAGCGUCCGAAGCCUGUGCGACAUGAUGAUAACCUUCGUCCGGAGGGAGACUUCGAGCGUCCCGAGAAGACGCCGUUCCGACCAGCGGAGCGUCCGAAGCAGGUGCGACCUGAGGAUAACCUCCGCCCAGAGGGCGAGUUCUCUACUCCAGAGAAGCCUCAGUAUAGACCGGCUGAGCGUCCGAAGCAGGUACGUCCUGAGGAUAACCUCAGACCUGAAGGAGACUUCGAGAAGCCUGAGAAGCCUCAGUACAGACCAGCCGAGCGUCCGAAGCAGGUUCGACCACAAGAUAACCUCAGGCCAGAAGGCGAUUUCGAUAGACCUCAGCCCACAGUUGUAGGCAAGGCCGAGAGAGCUCAAAUUGUUCGUCAUGAGGAUAAUCUUUACAUGGAAGGUAACUUUGAACGCACCGAGAAAACGGUAUACAUUUCUGGUGAGCGACCGAAGCCCAUACGUCCUGAUGAUAAUCUUCGUCCGGAAGGAGACUUUGAACGUCCUGAGAAAUCUCCCUUCAGACCGGCCGAGCGUCCGAAGCAGAUCAAGCCAGAAGAUAACCUGCGCACUGAGGGAGAGUUCCAGACUCCAGAGCGUCCUGAAUAUCGCCCUGGAGAGCGUCCGAAGCCCGUGCGUCCAGAUGAUAAUCUUCGUCCGGAAGGAGACUUUGAACGUCCUGAGAAAUCUCCAUUCAGACCGGCCGAGCGUCCGAAGCAGAUCAAGCCAGAAGAUAACCUUCGUCCAGAGGGCGAGUUCUCAACUCCAGAGAAGCCUCAGUAUAGACCGGCUGAGCGUCCGAAGCAGGUGCGCCCGGAGGAUAACCUCAGACCUGAAGGAGACUUCGAGAAGCCUGAGAAGCCUCAGUACAGACCGGCCGAGCGUCCGAAGCAGGUUCGUCCACAAGAUAACCUCAGGCCAGAAGGCGAUUUCGAUAGACCUCAGCCCACAGUUGUAGGCAAGGCCGAGAGAGCUCAAAUUGUUCGUCAUGAGGAUAAUCUUUACAUGGAAGGUAACUUUGAACGCACCGAGAAAACGGUAUACAUUUCUGGUGAGCGACCGAAGCCCAUACGUCCUGAUGAUAAUCUUCGUCCGGAAGGAGACUUUGAACGUCCUGAGAAAUCUCCCUUCAGACCGGCCGAGCGUCCGAAGCAGAUCAAGCCAGAAGAUAACCUGCGCACUGAGGGAGAGUUCCAGACUCCAGAGCGUCCUGAAUAUCGCCCUGGAGAGCGUCCAAAGCCCGUGCGUCCAGAUGAUAACCUUCGUCCGGAGGGAGACUUUGAACGUCCUGAGAAAUCUCCAUUCCGACCAGCCGAGCGUCCGAAGCAGGUGCGACCUGAGGAUAACCUCAGACCUGAAGGAGACUUCGAGAAGCCUGAGAAGCCUCAGUACAGACCGGCCGAGCGUCCGAAGCAGAUCAGACCUGAGGAUAACCUUCGUACUGAGGGAGAGUUCCAGACUCCAGAGCGUCCUGAAUAUCGCCCUGGAGAGCGUCCGAAGCCUGUGCGACAUGAUGAUAACCUUCGUCCGGAGGGAGACUUCGAGCGUCCCGAGAAGACGCCAUUCCGACCAGCGGAGCGUCCGAAGCAGGUGCGACCUGAGGAUAACCUCCGCCCAGAGGGCGAGUUCUCUACUCCAGAGAAGCCUCAGUAUAGACCGGCUGAGCGUCCGAAACAGGUACGUCCUGAGGAUAACCUCAGACCUGAAGGAGACUUCGAGAAGCCUGAGAAGCCUCAGUACAGACCAGCCGAGCGUCCGAAGCAGGUUCGUCCACAAGAUAACCUCAGGCCAGAAGGCGAUUUCGAUAGACCUCAGCCCACAGUUGUAGGCAAGGCCGAGAGAGCUCAAAUUGUUCGUCAUGAGGAUAAUCUUUACAUGGAAGGUAACUUUGAACGCACCGAGAAAACGGUAUACAUUUCUGGUGAGCGACCGAAGCCCAUACGUCCUGAUGAUAAUCUUCGUCCGGAAGGAGACUUUGAACGUCCUGAGAAAUCUCCCUUCAGACCGGCCGAGCGUCCGAAGCAGAUCAAGCCAGAAGAUAACCUGCGCACUGAGGGAGAGUUCCAGACUCCAGAGCGUCCUGAAUAUCGCCCUGGAGAGCGUCCGAAGCCCGUGCGUCCAGAUGAUAAUCUUCGUCCGGAAGGAGACUUUGAACGUCCUGAGAAAUCUCCAUUCAGACCGGCCGAGCGUCCGAAGCAGAUCAAGCCAGAAGAUAACCUUCGUCCAGAGGGCGAGUUCUCAACUCCAGAGAAGCCUCAGUAUAGACCGGCUGAGCGUCCGAAGCAGGUACGUCCUGAGGAUAACCUCAGACCUGAAGGAGACUUCGAGAAGCCUGAGAAGCCUCAGUACAGACCAGCCGAGCGUCCGAAGCAGGUUCGUCCACAAGAUAACCUCAGGCCAGAAGGCGAUUUCGAUAGACCUCAGCCCACAGUUGUAGGCAAGGCCGAGAGAGCUCAAAUUGUUCGUCAUGAGGAUAAUCUUUACAUGGAAGGUAACUUUGAACGCACCGAGAAAACGGUAUACAUUUCUGGUGAGCGACCGAAGCCCAUACGUCCUGAUGAUAAUCUUCGUCCGGAAGGAGACUUUGAACGUCCUGAGAAAUCUCCCUUCAGACCGGCCGAGCGUCCGAAGCAGAUCAAGCCAGAAGAUAACCUGCGCACUGAGGGAGAGUUCCAGACUCCAGAGCGUCCUGAAUAUCGCCCUGGAGAGCGUCCGAAGCCCGUGCGUCCAGAUGAUAAUCUUCGUCCGGAAGGAGACUUUGAACGUCCUGAGAAAUCUCCAUUCCGACCAGCCGAGCGUCCGAAGCAGGUGCGACCUGAGGAUAACCUCAGACCUGAAGGAGACUUCGAGAAGCCUGAGAAGCCUCAGUACAGACCGGCCGAGCGUCCGAAGCAGAUCAGACCUGAGGAUAACCUUCGUACUGAGGGAGAGUUCCAGACUCCAGAGCGUCCUGAAUAUCGCCCUGGAGAGCGUCCGAAGCCCGUGCGUCCAGAUGAUAAUCUUCGUCCAGAGGGAGACUUUGAACGUCCUGAGAAAUCUCCCUUCAGACCAGCCGAGCGUCCGAAGCAGAUCAAGCCAGAAGACAACCUGCGCACUGAGGGAACGUUCCAGACUCCAGAACGUCCUGAAUAUCGUCCAGGAGAGCGUCCGAAGCCUGUGCGACAUGAUGAUAACCUUCGUCCGGAGGGAGACUUCGAACGUCCCGAGAAGACGCCGUUCCGACCAGCGGAGCGUCCGAAGCAGAUUCGACCGGAAGAUAACUUAAGAACAGAGGGAGGUUUUGAAAAACCGGAAAAGCCUCAGUACCGGCCAGCGGAAAGACCAAAGCAAGUGAAACCGCAGGAUAACUUGAAACCAGAGGGUGAUUUCGAACGACCCAAGCCUGCUCCAGUCGGUAAACCGGACCGGGCACAAAUCGUCAAGCAUGAAGAUAAUUUGCGUGUCGAGGGCAGCUUCGAAAGGGUAGAAAAGGCCGUAUUUGUCACUGGCGAGCGUCCAAAACCGAUCAAACCAGACGACAAUCUACGCCCGGAGGGAGAUUUUCUCACUCCGGAGAAGCAACAGUACCGUCCAGCUGACAGGCCGAAACAAAUCAAACCGCAGGACAAUCUUCGACCAGAAGGAGAGUUUGAACGUCCGCAAAAGUCGUCGGUCGGUCCAGGAGAGCGCCCGAAACCUAUUAAACACGACGAUAAUCUACGCCCCGAGGGUUCAUUUGAAAGACCGGAAAAGGCUACAUUCAAACCGACCGAACGACCGAAACAAAUACGUCCGGAAGAUAACCUCAGAACCGAGGGCGAAUUUGAAAAACCCGUUAAGCCCCAGUUCCGUCCAGCCGAGCGUCCCAAGCAGGUCAAACCGCAGGAUAAUUUGCAAAUCGAAGGGGACUACAAUACAUUCCAGGAGUACAAGGAACUCAAGCAACAAAAGGAAGCCGUAUUGAAAGAGGUGCACGAACCAACUAUCGCCGACGGUACCGUGCUAGUGACGACACAAACGGUCACCACCAUCCUGAAGGGAGACAAGAAACAACCCACUGGCAGGCAAAUCACUACCAGUGAGGUGCACGAUCACGCUACCCGCUCGGAAUCGGAAUCGUUCACGCGCAGCCAUGUCCAACAGCAGCACCAUACCAGUGAGCAAGCCUCUAGCUCUACUGCCAUCAAUCGAGCGCAGCACACAGAAGCUAGCACCAACGAACGCGAUCGUACGUCCUCGCAACGAUCCACGACGAAACAUGCGCAUUCGAUUCAAGACGUUUCGGGCCGAAAUAUUGCCGAAUCGAUGACCAAUCAAAGCCAGCAUCACAUGGUCAAUGGGAAAACAAUGGUCAGCGGAAUGACAGAGCAGCAAAGCCACAGCCACAGCGUGAAAACUUCUUCGUCUAGCUCGAAAAUACACCAGUCAAGUUCCUCCAUGCAGCAACAUUCAUCCAGCACCAGCAGCUCGCAGACCCACCAGGACACUCUGCAGCAUGUCCACCAUGGGGAUACACGGCACGUACAUACGAAUGGUAAGCUCGCCCCAGUGGAUGGCGAACUCGGACCCGCCGGAGCCCGUCAUCAUACCCGGGAGCAGGUGACCGGCUCUCAAGUUUCUUCGUCGAGCAGCAAGAUCGUCAUCGAUGGAAAGGUCGUAACGGACAAAUCGGCAUCGUCGAAGCAGGCAACCGAAAAGCUGGCGAUCGAUGGUGUCGUUGUGACGGACAAGAGUUUCGUCGAAAGGCAAAAGACCGGAUUCGAUGGCAUGGAAAGCAUUUCCAAUGCACAGACAGCAGCAGGCCAGAGUGUACAUGGCACCAGCAGCAUCCAUCACGAUACGGCUACGAGCUCGAUCGGAAGUCAUACUGCGACUUCCAAAGCUCACAGCCAAACACGCUCCUCGAACAAUAUUAUUCACUCCGAGACGGCGAUGAACGGACACUCGACCGGACGACGAAAUGUUGCAGGCCAGAGCUCAACCGGUCAGGUGACGGAGACGCAAGUAAAGAAACUGAUCGGUGGCAAAUGGGUAACAAAGACGAUCAAGACGGAAAGCAAAGCCGUCGCUAGUGAGCAACAGCAUCAGCACGGUUCAGACCACGGUGAGAUCAAGCUGUCGACCGCAGAUCAAGUGAAUCGUCAGCAGCACCAGAGCAAGGUAUCGGGCACGGAAAUGCACACACAAACCGCAACCAGCUCCAGUUCGAUGAUCAGCAAAUCUCAAUCGAGCAGCACUGUAGUAAGCGAAAAGGCUGUACAGCGCGGAGUACGUACAGGUGACAGCACCGCAUCCGCUGGAUCACCAUCCGGACGUACGGGUGCUCGGGGUAGCUCGAGCAUUGUGCUGGGCGAAUCAACCGUAGACAGUAGCUCCUCCAAACGGCAGCAAACGAGCACCACCAGGUUGAUCGGAGGCAAACUUGUACACAUGGCCAAUUCGAACGACACCAACAAUAACACUUCCGCCGGCGCAGCCAAAGCAUCCUCUCUGAACGCGUCCAAUGCUCAUCACUCUUCGCUGCAAGAGCAGCUGUCAUCGCAGACGGCUUCCUCUUCGACGUCCUCGUCGAGCGUGAUGAAAUCGAGCAAAGUUGAGUCGAGCAGCAGCCAAGUGGCCACCAGCAGUACCGUUGGACACCAGGGCUCAUCCCAACAGCAGCAGUACAAUCGGAAGAACACGUUCGCAUCGUCGGAAAACGUGAACAACUCGAUCCUCUGCCGUCCGGCACAAACGUCCACAGCCACCAUGACACAGCACGCUGCCAACGGUGUCGGCGGGAUGAGCGUGUCCGGCUCGAUCCAGCGCAAGAGUAUCUCCAACCUGAACGACAGCGCCAUGUACUCGACCACGAACCGCACCAGCUACAGUUCGCUUCAUCGCCGUGGUAAGGAAUCGGCCGAAUCGCGGAUGCAGGACUACGUGAAGACACUCGAAACCGGAACCAUCACCAACCGGACGGUUCGUGGCCAGCCGUGCGCUCCACCGACGCUGGCCGGUACGGGCUUAGCCAGCCAGACAAGCACUAUGGUGUCCAGCUCGAGCAGCACGUCGGCCGCAAAUCAGAAAUCGCUUCGUGACUACCACUCGGCCAUGAACGUGACGCGCAGUUCGACGAAGGCGAAUGCGUCCAGCAUCUCGUUCGGGGAUGACAAGUUCCACGGUACCAGCUCGUACAAGGUGCAGUACAUCCAGCAGCACGAAGGACGCUGUCCGGCUGCCGUGCACGACAACUUGAAGCUCUCGAAGGUGACCAAACAGCACACGUACUAUGUGCGAGACAAGAAGUAGACAUCGAUUCGUCUGAAGAAAGGCGAUCGCCAUUCGCAUUCGGUUUUUUUUUGUCCUGUUUUGUUUUAUGUUAUUCUUUGUAAUGUUUUUGAGAUGUGAUAGCCAUUUUAUAUCCAUCUGUAGUCUGAUAUAUAUACACACACACACGUGUUAUGGAACUUUAUCAACGAAUCGUACGACAACGAAACCCGCAUUCUCUCGUCGCAAACACUCCAGAGAAAGACUAAUCGUCGAAUAUAAGUUACGCGUACCGAAUAUAUGUACCACAUUAUUACUCUCCAUGAUAGUUUAUGCUUUUUUAAUAAAACAAAAAAAAAUUAACACAAUG